AUGCGUCCAACAUCUCUUGUUUCGGCGGUGCUGGCCACCGUCCCCAUGCUCUUCGACGCCGGCGCUGCGCAUUACACGCUCACCGACGAUCUUUCGUACAAGAACUUCUUCAACGCCUUCGACUUCUAUUCCGGACCGGAUCCUACGAACGGCUUCGUGCAGUACCAGGAUCUGCAGUCGGCUAUCAAGAGCCAAUACAUCGGCUAUCUGGAGGACACGCAGUCCGUCUAUCUCGGUGUGGACUUCCAGAGCCAGGACGCGAAUGGCCGCGCCUCCGUCCGCGCCGAAAGCAACAAGACAUUUAACCAAGGCCUCCUCAUCGCAGAUAUUCAUCAUAUGCCUGCGAGCACAUGUGGCUCCUGGCCGGCUUUCUGGAUGCUCGGCGUCGGGUCCGAUGGACAGAGUCAGUGGCCAAACGCCGGCGAAGUCGACAUUCUUGAGGGAGUCAACGACUACGAUGCUAACGCCGUCACGCUGCACACCUCCGCUGGCUGCGCGGUUGACAACGCUACCACGCCCGCGAUGGGCCAAGCAGACGCUCAGUCGGCCUUCAUGGGCACUAUGGAAACGUCCAACUGCGACGUCGCGGCACCCGAUCAAGACAAGAACGUCGGCUGCUCCAUCAAAGCACCCCCCGCCACCGCCGGCGGCGGCCUCCCCACCUACGGCACAGACUUCAACAGCGCCGGCGGUGGCGUGUACGCCAUGGAGUGGACCGCGCAAUCCAUCAGCGUCUGGUUCUUCCCGCGCAACAGCUCGACCUACGCCUCCACCUUCUCCUCCUCUUCCAGCAACUCCACCAACGCCACCCAAACCCUCGACCCCUCCACCUUCGGCACGCCGCUCGCCAAGUUCCAAGGCUCGGGCUGCGACUUUACCCAGCGCUUCGACUCCAUGAAGAUUAUCUUCAACACGGCGUUCUGCGGCGACUGGGCGGGCGAGAUCUGGGACCAGAGCUGCAAGGCUACAACGGGCGCGGCGACGUGCGAGGAGUAUGUGCAGAAUAACCCGGAGGCCUUUGAACAGUCGUACUGGGAGAUUGCGGCGCUGAAGUGGUAUACGGAUGCGGAUGCAGAGGGGAGCCCGGCUGCGAAGAAGCGGGAGGUUGGCAGGCUGCCGGUUAACCCUAGGCAGCGUGGGCGACGGUACAAGUGGUAG